UUCAACUGAAAGCUCCUUCCUCUCUCUCUCUCUCUUGACUCUUUGUCCAGUGGAAGACCUCCGUUUCUCUCUCAUCUCUGCACCUUUUUCUCUCUCUAGAAAGCAUUUUCACUUUACCCCUUCACUUUCUCGUCCGUGUUUCAUUUUGGCCAAAUUUUCUUGCAACCCCACUUACUGAAGACUUGGGAGGACCACCGGCCGGCGUAAAGAUCGAAGCUUUCCGGCCUCCAUGGACAACCGCCGGCCGCCGCCAACAUUUCCCGGCUGAAAUUCUGACGCAGUUUCUUCCUCGGGUAUUUUGAUUGGUGGGCUGUUUUGAUUUUUUUUGAAGAAGAAGGAGAGAUUUGGUGGUAGAUGGCGGAGGAGAAUAGCGGCUCGGCGGCGACGCAGGUGGGGCGGGGCCCCGGCGGCAGGAUGACGGAGGAGGAGGCGCACAAGAGGUACGACGGGCUGAUAACUGUACGGAAUAAGGCGAUAAAAGGGAAGGGGGCUUGGUACUGGGCUCACCUUGAGCCCAUGUUGGUCAGGAACUCCGACACCGGAGUACCGAAAACCGUGAAGCUCCGGUGCACAUUGUGCGACGCCGUUUUCUCCGCCUCCAACCCUUCCCGGACCGCCUCCGAGCAUCUCAAGCGAGGGACUUGCCCCAAUUUCAGCUCCCUCGUCAAGCCUAUUGCCUCUCUCCCGCCUCCCCAGCAGCACCCGCAGAAUCACCGGAAACGCAACUCCUCCGGCGGAAAUCGCGCCGCCGGGAACACCUCUGCCUCGGCGAACUACGAAGUCCCCCCUCCUCUCCCCAUCGUUGACCAAUCGAGAUUCUUGCCGGAGCUUUCGUACCCGCCCAUGUCCACACCCGUCCCCGCUGUUUCUUCCUCCUCCGCCGCACACGGCGGCCCCGGAAUGUUCACGCAGCACCAUCCCCCGCCGCAUAUGGUGUUAUCCGGCGGAAAGGAGGAUUUGGGAGCUCUGGCGAUGCUCGAGGACAGCGUGAAGAAGCUGAAGAGCCCCAAAUCCUCGCCGGCCGGGCCCACACUGAGCAAAACCCAGAUUGAUUCCGCCUUCGAUCUCCUCGCCGAUUGGGUCUACGAAUGCUGCGGCGCCGUCUCCUUCUCCAGCCUCGACCACCCCAAAUUCAGGGCUUUCUUGAAUCACGUCGGUUUGCCCCCAAUUUCAAGGAGAGAACUCGCCGGUUCCAGAUUGGACGCCAAGUACAACGAAGCCAAGGCCGAAUCCGACGCCAAAAUCCGAGACGCCAUGUUCUUCCAGCUCGCCGCCGACGGCUGGACGGGGAAGAAGAAACAGGGAGGGCAUUUCGGGGAGCCGAAUUUAGUAACCCUAUCCGUGAACCUCCCAAACGGAACCAGUGUGUUUAGAAAGACGGUUUUGACCUCUGGCUAUGUGCCUUCCAAAUACGCAGAGGAUGUUUUAUGGGACACUGUCACGGAGAUUUGUCCCAAUAGUGUCCAUCAAUGUGUGGGCAUUGUUGCAGACAAGUUCAAGUCAAAGGCAUUGAGGAACUUGGAGAGCCAGCAUCAAUGGAUGGUCAACAUCUCCUGCCAGUCCCAAGCAUUCAACAAACUGAUCAAAGACUUCGCAAAGGAGCUCCCUUUCUUCAAGAACGCCUCCGACAACUGCGCCCGCCUCGCGAACUUCAUGAACAGCAAGUCGCAGGUCCGGAACGCGCUCCUCAAGUACCAGGUGCAGGAGUACGGGCACGCGGAGCCCCUGCGGGCCCCGCGCGAGAGCUCGGACUUCGAAAUGGCCGUCUCGCUGGUCGAGGACGUGCUGAACUCGACCAAGGCGAUUCACCUCGCCGCGACCGACGAGUCGUGCAAGUCGUCGUUGCCGUCCGAGGUCGGGGAUUUGGUGAGGAACCCGCGUUUCUGGAUCGAGCUCGACGUGGUCUAUUCGCUUGUGGACGUGGUCAAGACGAUGGGCCGGGAGAUCGAGGCCGAGAAGCCGAGGGUCGGGCAAUGUCUCCCUCUUUGGGAGGAGCUAAGAGUGAAGGUGAAGGAGUGGCGCUCGAGGUACCACGUUGCCGAGGGACCCGUGGAGAAGAUCAUCGAUAGAAGGUUCCAGAAGAACUACCACCCCGCGUGGGCCGCGGCGUUCAUUCUCGACCCGCUCUACUUGGUCCGGGACUCGAGCGGGAAGUACCUCCCGCCCUUCAAAUGCCUGACGCCCGACCAAGAGAAGGACGUCGAUAGGCUCAUAACGAGGCUCGUGUCCCGGGAGGAGGCCCACAUCGCGCUGAUGGAGCUGAUGAAGUGGAGAACCGAGGGGCUCGAGCCGGUCUACGCGCAAGCGGUCCAACUGAAGCAGAGGGACGCGGCGACGGGGAAAAUGAGGCCCGCGAACCCGCAGAGCUCGAGGCUCGUGUGGGAGACGUACCUCGCCGGGUUCAAGUCUCUGGGGAAGGUCGCGGUUCGGCUCAUCUUCCUCCACGCCACCUCGUCAGGGGGCGGCGGCUUCAAGUGCAACUGGCCCCUCACGAGGUGGGUGGGUGGGGCCCAGUCCCAUUCGAGGGCGGCAACGGACAGAGCCCAGAAGCUGAUGUUCGUUGCCGCUCACUCGAGGACGGAAAAGCGCGGGGAGUGGGCGAACGACGAGGAGAGGGACGCCGAGCUGUUUUCGCUAGCCAACGGCGAGGACGACGUGCUCAACGAGGUCUAUGUUGAUACAUCUUCUCUUUAGGAGUAACGCUGGCUGGUUGGUUGGCUGGUGUCUUCUUUGUAUUCAUUAUUAUUAUUAGCCCCUAUUCUUUUUUUGUUCAAUCUUUGGAUUCAGAAGCAGUUUUUUUUAGGCCAUUUUCUGUGAAGUUGCAGACGUGCAGGGACAUUUUUUUUGUAACUUAUUUUCUCUUUGAAAUUCUUGACUAUUUAGUUUGGAAUUGUUACAUAUUUCUAUUGAUUGGGGAAGGGUUUUUUUG